UCCUAGUGGAAGGAUGUAGAUGAUGAUGAUUGGCUAGCGAGAGACGGCCAGCUAGUGGUCCAGAAAGUAGACGGUAGCGGUGGAGAGCAGGUGCAACAGGUACUCAAAACAAUCCAAGACGAAGAGUUUGCAUAAACAUUCAAAACAGAAGGAUGGCUAUUGAAAUGAAUUACACUAUUAAAUUAAAUUAAAAUUAAUGAAAUUUAUGUUCAAUUGUAAAUAAGGUAGAAAAUCAAACGAGUGUCUAUAAAAGCAUUAUUAGUAUUAGUAUUAUUAAAAAUGGUCCCAGGCGGAGCGGCGUCAACUCAUCAGAAUAUUAAACCAUAUUGUUUAUCUGCCGCAGUCACAUGGCUCUUAUUGUGAAAACCGGAAGCACUCACAAAAUUGUACGAUAACUUGGCCGGGUAUUUCUGCUUCCGGUAGUUAAAACGGAACGGAUGUGGCAGUUGCUAGGCGACGCCAGCAGAGACUCGCUGAAGACGUAGUUCCCUCAGCAACGAGCAACAGGUCCACAGGGAAAAGCAGCACCUCCUGAUGGAUGAGACAGUGAAACCUCUGAGGGUUCCUCCUCACAUGGCCGAGUACGCCGACAAGCACGACGUGUUCCACCUGCUGCAGAGCAUGCUGUCCAGCCUCCUGGUGGACCAGCCUGAUGAUCCCAUUGGUCACCUGACCCGCCUGCUGCAGAGGACCAAUGUGGACAUCCCCAGGGUCCUGGUGCUCGGCCCUCCAGCUGUUGGUAAACACACAGUGGCCACAAAGCUGAGUGCUGAGCUGAGAGCCAUCCAUGUGACCACAGAGAGUCUACUGCAGGACCAAUCAGAGCACAGCAUCCAGGAGCUUCCUACUGAUCAGCUGGUCGGACAGAUUCAACAGAGACUAAAUGAGAUUGACUGCUUCAACAGAGGCUGGGUGCUGGAGGGCUUCCCUCAGACUCGCCUGCAGGCUCUGAGUCUCCAGCAGGCCGGAGUUAUCCCUGAACAUGUUGUGCUGCUGCAGGCUCCUGAUGACGUGCUCUCUCAGAGGGAUCAGGGUAAGCUGGUGGACCCGCUGACUGGAGACGCGUACCAUGAGACCUUUGUGUUGCCGCCCCACCGCUCCGUGGCUCGCCGUUUGGAGGCGCCCAGUCCGCCAGAGGGGCAGCGAGAGGCUGAGCUGCAGCGCCACCGCUCCGAGGUCACAGGUCUGAGCUCGGCCUAUCAGCACGUCCUGAAGGUUGUCAACGCCGACCAACCACACGCUGACGUCUACCAGCAAGUGCUGGCGUUCGUCCGGACUCGCCGUCGCUGCAGAACUCCCAGAAUCCUCCUGUUGGGUCCUCCGGGGUCCGGGAAGAGUCAUCAGGCCGGACUGUUGGCACACAAGUACAAGAUGGUGGAUGUGAGCUGUGGUCGGCUGCUGAGGUCUGUAGCAGCUGAUGGUUCAGCUCUGGGAGAAGAGAUCCAAUCAUACCUAGAUGGUGGGAGGCCAGUUCCAGACUCCCUGGUGCUGCAGGUUCUGGAGGAACGUCUGAGCCGACUUGACUGUAGCCACAGAGGCUGGAUCCUCCACGGCUUCCCCCGAGACCUGCAGCAGGCCAAGAGCCUGCAGGAGUCACACCCGCCCAACAGUGUGUUCUUCCUGGAGUGUACCAGUGAGGUGUGUGUGGAGAGACUCACUCUGAGAGCUACAGACCCCGUCAGUGGAGAGAAGUUCCACGCUGUGACUCGACCGGCUCCGAGCUCUGAGGUCCAGAACAGACUGAAGACCAGACCAGAAGACCACACACACUCUGUCACACACACACUGAAUCAGCACAGGGUACACACUGCUGGUCUACAGUGUUUGUUUCCUCAUGCAGGGCGUAUCGAUGCUGAUCAGGAUCCUCACUCUGUGUUUGAGUCUCUGGAGAGCAAACUGACCGCUGACUGACACUCAGUGACAUGGGGCUUCUGGGUAACGGAGUCCUCAGAUCCCCUAUGCAGUGUGCGUAUGUGUGUGUGUGUGUGUGUGUGUGUGUGUGUGUGGCCUCAGGCUAACUCCUCAGAGCUGUUUUGUUAUUUUUGUGAAAAACAGAAAAUAAAAGAGAAACGAAAUAUUGAGAAACGUUGAUUUGAGUCGUCAUAGAAACAUGAAAUACAUGUUUGUGUGUGCUGUAGACAGCAGAUGUCUCUCUCUCUCAGCCCUGCAUGAUGAAGACCUGGUUGCUCCUUGUCUUGAUUGACAGCUGCUUUCCUCUUCAAAGGGACUAUAAUUAAUCCUGCGAGCGUCUGUUUGAGUCCCAGUGGCCCGCCUCCUGACUGACGGCUCUAUUUUAAGUAUUCCUGUCGACAACAGGAAGCGGAGCACGAGGGAAAUGGGACGUGACGGCUGCUGAUGACCAGAACCGGGUCCCUGUCAUUCCUGGUCCAGAAUUGGGAUCCUUGUUUAUGGCUGAAGGUCUCAUGAUCCUCAGGUCUUCAUUCAGACUGCUGUAAAGUUAUUGAAUCAGUAAGAAGUUAUUGAAUCAAUAAAUAGUGAUUGAAUUAAUAACAUGGUAGUGACCCCGUGUCAGGAACGUUACGAGACGUUAUCUUGCUUAUUGCUGUUUAGUACACAGGCUGCUGUGGGCGGAGCCUAUAAUACAAGGCUACUGUGGGCGGAGCCUACGUCAAACAACAAUUAACGCUCUAAAUGUCAACUGUUCGCCGCUGGCUACCGGUCUAACUCUCAACAGGUAGCCUGUGUUCCCCGUGUCUCUGGUGGAACAUCUAUGACAUCACAUGUCACUCAGUCUGUUACCAUAAUGUUAAUAACAAAGUUAUUGAAUCAUUAAUAAUGUUAAUAACACGGUUGUUGAAUCAUUGCUAAAGUCACAAUGAGCUCAUGUUUCCUGUCUAAUGUUCAACAAUCAGAUUUAAGGAUUAUUUUACUAUUUCACAUAAAAAAGUAAUAUCAGAAACACAUGUAACACUACAUGUAAUAAAGUAAUAAUGUAUUAAUGAAUGUAUUAAUAAAGUGAAUCUGCUGAAUCACUUGUUUAUGUUUAAUGAGCCUGGUUAAUUAUACCUGAGUAUUUAUUUGAUUAUUGUUCCUUCUCAAUAUUCAUUUAGAUUUCUACCUUCAUUCAUGUAUCUACAUGUCAACUUUAUUCCUCUGCAGAACAAUUAAUAAACUCUGUUAUUGACAUAUAA